AUGGCACUACCCUUGGCAGGGCAAUACGCGUUGGUGACCGGCGCCAGCCGUGGCAUUGGAAGGGGCAUCGCACUGCAGCUGGCCCAAGCCGGCGCUACCGUAUACAUCACCGGGCGGGAGCCGGCAAAAGUGAUACGACCGUCGAAACGACGCUCCCUGCGCUUCAGCAGACUGCUCGAGCGUCGGGCUACGCAACAACUAUGUUUGUGCCGUGUACGCGGCGCGGAUGAUGGUCAAGCGGAAGACCGGUCUGAUCGUGAACAUUUCGUCGGCGGGCGGGCUGCAGUACGUCUUCAACGUGGCAUAUGGAGUCGGCAAGUGCGCGGUAGAUCGAAUGUCGCCCGACAUGGCCGUCGAGCUGAAGCCGUACAAGUGACCUGCGUUACCGUGUGGCCCGGUACGGUUAGGACCGAAAUGGCGCAACUGAUGCAGCAGCGGGACGAGAUUGCCACCGUGCUGAAAAUCGACAAAGCUCUGGCGGACAAGCAGGUGGCGACGGCCGAAUCGCCAGAAUUCUCCGGGCUCGGCAUCGUCGCCCUGGCCAGGGAUCAAAGCGCAAGUGAU